AUGUCUGCGCCGGGUUUUACGAACCUGAACACCCCUGUCGGUUACAGCAUGAACUCUACGCCGAAUGGUGGAGCAGCACCCCCCUAUCAGAAUGGUAAAACAGGCCGUGGAGAUACGGCCGUUAGCUAAACUAGCCAGUACCAGUGUGGUUGAAAUAGCUAGCUAAUGUGGCUGUGUGAAUGGGUGUUGCUUGGCUACAUAUUGCGUCUUGUAAUUAGCUUAGCUAACUAACUUACGUAAGCUAUAACGGUAUUAGCUACUAAAAAACGGACAAUUGUCCGUUUAACUAGCAGUAACGUUAGCUAGAAACGGCUAGCAAACCGUUAGCCAGCUACUGUAGCUAGCUUGCUAGCUAACGUCAAAGAGAAAGCUAAACUUUCUAGCUAACGUUACCUAACAUCCAUUCAAGCAACUAACCAGCUAGUUAGUUAGCAAGCUAUCUUGAACGACCACAUCACUGAUGUAUUAUUUGUGGUAAUAUUGGUUAUGUUCACAAAUGGAUGUUGCCAGCAAUUAUAUAUCUUUGCUUAUUGUACUAACGCAGCCAGGGUCCAUUGAGGGGAGGAACCUUUAGGCUAGCUAGCGAGGGUAUUGACAUAUGUCAUUACUGGUAGGACAAUACACCGGCAGCUAGCUAGCGAAAUGAUUUUACUGUUGGUUUGAAUAAGUCAGUAACUGCUUAGCUGACAUUGACAUGUUUGAUCCCUUCUAUAGAAUAUUUAGUAUGUAGGUAGGUAAUACUUUUGAUAAUGGUAGAUUACACAUUGAUGAUCAUCAAUCCUUGGCAAAAAUAUGCAUCAACAAUAUCUAAAUUGUCUGCAACCUCCUUUUUUAUUCUAACAUGAAUCCUGGUUUUGCUAACCUCAACUGUCAUUCUCUACAGGUCCAGUAGGACAGACCUACCCAUCCACAUAUCCUUCGCCGGGGUACUAUGACGCCGGGCCUCAACAGCAGGGCUACCCAACCAUUUCAGGACACUGUGCCCCUGCCCCCAACAAAUCUCCCAUUAUGAACAAUGACCACAGUGCUUACUACCACCACAACAGCCACCAGCAGCCCACUGCUGCACCUACUGUAGCCCCCUCUGCAUUCGGAGCAACCCAAGGCUCCUAUCCUCCUCCUCAGCCCUAUGGCACCCCUACCACCCUUCCCACCUCAGCUGCCCCUCCAAACCCCCAACAUGCACCUCCAUUCCAACAACCAACCCCCUACGCACCGCAUGGGGCCUACUAUGGACAGCAGCAGUACCCCACGACCCCCAGCUGCCCAGGCGCUCCCCUGUACCCCAUUAUCUCGUACCCCUCUGCGCCGGGAAGCAGUCAGUACGGCACAUUGUGUUCCUCCCAGGCUCCCACCGGCCCAGGAGCCGUUUCCAACCAGAUAGGCGCCCCCCUCCACCAGUGUCCCCCAGGAAAUGGCACCAGUCACCUAGCAUCUACUGCAGUGGUUCCCUCUGGGUAUAGCAUGGCUCCACCCGGCCAACCAGCCACAGUCAAUGGCCAGGUUAAUGCAGGUACAGUCGACUCCUCUGCACUGUUGUGAUUGUCCAUACAUAAUCGAUUUUGAGUCCCCUUUACUUUUAAAUUUAUGUGAUGACAAUAUUUGAUAUACUUGCCUCUGCCUUAAUUGUCAUCUUCUCCCCAGUCCAAGCCUCAGUCCUCCAGCACUAUGACCAAAGCCACCAGGCAGCCAUGGCACAUGACCACUACGGAGGAGGAGUCACACACAACACCGGGGGUGCUGACAGAGACAGACCACCUUCAGGAGCCCCUUCUACUUCAGUCCAUUCCUCCCCGGGGCAUCAGCAAGGUAAAUGAGGAGAGAAGAGAGGCUUUUAAACUUUUGAAUUAGCCUCCAUAUCUCUGCCGUAGCUCUGUAUUUGGUCAUCAGCAUUGAAAGUCCUCAAAGGCAUGCCCAUGUCUGCUUAAGAGGAUCCUGCCAGGGCUUUGACAGUCAUGGAAUUUUGGAUGAUGGUAAAUGACCACAGUCUCCGUUUAAUCUUUUUUCUAUAUAUAUAUAUACAGUGAGGGAAAACAGUAUUUGAUCCCCUGCUGAUUUUGUACGUUUGCCCACUGACAAAGAAAUGAUCAGUCUAUAAUUUUAAUGGUAGGUUUAUUUGAACAGUGAGAGACAGAAUAACAACAAAAAAAUCCAGAAAAACGCAUGUCAAAAAUGUUAUAAAUUGAUUUGCAUUUUUAUGAGGGAAAUAAGUAUUUGACCCCCUCUCAAUCAGAAAGAUUUCUGGCUCCCAGGUGUCUUUUAUACAGGUAACGAGCUGAGAUUAGGAGCACACUCUUAAAGAGAGUGCUCCUAAUCUCAUUUUGUUACCUGUAUAAAAGACACCUGUCCACAGAAGCAAUCAAUCAAUCAGAUUCCAAACUCUCCACCAUGGCCAAGGAGCUCUCCAAGGAUGUCAGGGACAAGAUUGUAGACCUCCACAAGGCUGGAAUGGGCUACAAGACCAUCGCCAAGCAGCUUCGUGAGAAGGUGACAACAGUUGGUGCGAUUAUUCGCAAAUGGAAGAAACACAAAAUAACUGUCAAUCUCCCUCGACCAUAGUCACCAAGAAAACAAUGGUAACACACUACACUGUGAAGGACUGAAAUCCUGCAGCGUCCGCAAGGUCCCCCUGCUCAAGAAAGCACAUAUACAGGGCCGUCUGAAGUUUGCCAAUGAACAUCUGAAUGAUUCAGAGGAGAACUGGGUGAAAGUGUUGUGGUCAGAUGAGACCAAAAUGGAGCUCUUUGGCAUCAACUCAACUCGCCGUGUUUGGAGGAGGAGGAAUGCUGCCUAUGACCCCAAGAACACCAUCCCCACCGUCAAACAUGGAGGUGGAAACAUUAUGCUUUCGGGGUGUUUUUCUGCUAAGGGGACAGGACAACUUCACCGCAUCAAAGGGACGAUGGACGGGGCCAUGUACCGUCAAAUCUUGGGUGAGAACCUCCUUCCCUCAGCCAGGGCAUUGAAAAUGGGUCGUGGAUGGGUAUUUCAGCAUGACAAUGACCCAAAACACACGGCCAAGGCAACAAAGGAGUGGCUUAAGAAGAAGCACAUUAAGGUCCUGGAGUGGCCUAGCCAGUCUCCAGACCUUAAUCCCAUAGAAAAUCUGUGGAGGGAGCUGAAGGUUUCGAGUUGCCAAACGUCAGGCUCGAAACCUUAAUGACUUGGAGAAGAUCUGCAAAGAGGAGUGGGACAAAAUCCCUCCUGAGAUGUGUGCAAACCUGGUGGCCAACUACAAGAAACGUCUGACCUCUGUGAUUGCCAACAAGGGUUUUGCCACCAAGUACUAAGUCAUGUUUUGCAGAGGGGUCAAAUACUUAUUUCCCUCAUUUAAAAUGUAAAUCAAUUUAUAACAUUUUUUUACAUGCGUUUUGAUGGAUUUUUUUGUUGUUAUUCUGUCUCUCACUGUUCAAAUAAACCUACCAUUAAAAUUAUAUACUGAUCAUGUCUAUGUCAGUGGGCAAACGUACAAAAUCAGCAGGGGAUCAAAUACUUUUUUCCCUCACUCUAUAUAUAUAUAAUUUUUAUUUUUUUACAGUUAUGACUGUUACUUUAUUUUCAUGACGGUCUUCAUCCAUAACCGUCAGUUAUACGGUAAUUUUACCUGCCCUAGUUCCUGCAUUUUUACAUUUAUGUGGUUCUCCGUCCUCACCUUGAGGACCUUCAUUAAAUGAUUGAUGAAGGGAUCUGUAUUUCAUCAUUCAAACUCACUUCUUCUAGGCUUAGUCUAACUAAGUGAAUUUUGUUCCUGUCCUGUCUCGCUCUCUGUUUUCUCUUCUCAAUAGCUACAAUCCUACCAUUUUCUUUUUUUUGUCUCAAUUUGGUAGAAGCUAGUGAGAAGUGAUGUUUUGACAGGCGAAUCGCAAGCAUCCUCACCACACAGACACAGAUUUCUUAGACUCCCAGUCCUCUGGCUCCAUCCUCGUCCCCUCCACAUAGUUGACGGUUCUUCUGUUUUGUACCCUCUCCCACCCCUCUACAGGCGUGCACUACGGAUAUGUAGGCAAUAGUGGAGCUAGCUCUGCCAACGCCUCUACCAACGCUGCCCCCUUGUCAUCCAGUUCCGAUGAGGAUGUUGAUGAGGAGGAGGAUGAGGAAGCAGGUCUGCUUAUAGCUUUUAUUCCCAUCCCUCCCCCACCCGCCCGCCCAUCAUCUCAACCUAACUCCAAUAACCACCCAACGAACCCGACCCUCACAUCAACCCAUGCUGCACUUACUUUCCUUUCAACCCCAGGCACUUUGCAUUCAUACUCAUGUCUCAAAGCCACCUCUGACCAUCUCUAGCAGCUUGCCUGCCCCCAACUUGCAGAUCCAUCUUUCUCUGCUGCCCAUCUGACGGCCUCCACGCAUUCAACAUCUACGCCAUAUCUUCUCCCAACAUUAUCAGUGUUCCCAAUAAAUAUUUGAUGUUAGUGAUGUGAGCUCGUUGUAACUAAAAUCACUGAAGCAUGUCAGUCAGAAUGGUGUGAAGCAUCUGAUCAGUUAACCUCUUCUUGAUCAAGUUAGGAUAAGCCUUUAUUAAACCUAAUUCGAAACCAUCAGUUAAAAAAUGUGAGUAGGGUGUAGUGUUUGAGAGUAAAUGAGCUGUUUUAGAAUAUGUUAGUCUUCUUGACAUGCAGGCUACGCACUCGUUCUUGUGCCAUUCAUGUCCUUAGUUUUCCUCUCAGCUCUCACCAACUAACCAUUUGGGAAUGUCUUGUCUGCAUUUCAAUUACAGGCAGUGAUCCAACUGGUUUGAAUAAAAAGCUUCUGAUUUCUUCCCAUUGGAAUUUCUAAAUUAUAUCCUCCUGAAAAAAAAUAGAUUUUUGCAUGAUUGGUUUUGCAUUUAGAUAAGCAAAAUAAUUGUUUAGAGCAGACAUACAGUACCAGUCAAAAGUUUGGACACACCUACUCAUAUUUUUACUAUUUUCUACAUUGUAGAAUAAUAGUGAAGACCUAUAAACUAUGAAAUAACACAUAUGGAAUCAUGUAGUAACCAAAAAAGUGUUAAACAAAUCAAAAUAUAUUUUAUAUUUGAGAUUCUUCAAAGUAGCCACCCUUUGCCUUGAUGACAGCUUUGCACACUCUUGGCAUUCUCUCAACCAUCUUCAUGAGGUAGUCACCUGGAAUGCAUUUCAAUUAACAGGUGUGCCUUGUUAAAAGUUAAUUUGUGGAAUUUAAUGCGUUUGAGCCAAUCAGUUGUGUUGUGACAAGGUACGGGUGGUAUACAGAAGAUAGCCCUAUUUGGUAAAAGACCAAGUCCAUAUUAUGGCAAGAACAGCUCAAAUAAGCAAAGAGAAACGACAGUCCAUCAUUACUUUAAGACAUGAAGGUCUGUCAACCCAGAACAUUUCAAGAACUUUUAAAGUUUCUUCAACUGCAGUCGCAAAAACCAUCAAGCGCUAUGAUGAAACUGGCUCUCAUGAGGACCGCCAGAGGAAAGGAAGAGUAAAUGCUUCACAGAGUUCAAGUAACAGACACAUCUCAACAUCAACUGUUCAGAGGAGACUGCGUGAAUCAGGCCUUCAUGGUCGAAUUGCUGCAAAGAAACCACUACUAAAGGACACCAAUAUGAAGAAGAGACUUGCUUGGGCCAAGAAAAACGAGCAAUGGACAUUAGAUUGGUGGAAAUCUGUCCUUUAGUCUGAUGAGGCCAAAUUUGAGAUUUUUGGUUCCAACCGCUGUGUCUUUGUGAGACACGGAGUAGGUGAACGGAUGAUCUCCGCAUGUGUGGUUCCCACCGUGAAGCAUGGAGGAGGUGGUGUGGGUGUGCUUUGCUGGUGACACUGUCAGUGAUUUAUUUAGAAUUCAAGGCACACUUAACCAGCAUUACUACCACAGCAUUCUGCAGCGAUACACCAUCCCAUCUGGUUUGCACUUGGUGGGACUAUCAUUUGUUUUUCAACAGGACAAUGACCCAAAACACACCUCCAGGCUGUGUAAGGGUUUUUUGACCAAGAAGGAGAGUGAUGGAGUGCUGCAUCAGAUUACCUGUCCUCCAUAAUCACCCGACCUCAACCCAAUUGAGAUGGUUUGGGAUGAGUUGGACCACAGAGUGAAGGAAAAGCAGCCAACAAGUGCUCAGCAUAUGUGAGAAUGCCAAGAGUGUGCAAAGCUGUCAUCAAGGCAAAGAGUGGCUACUUUGAAGAAUCUCAAAUAUAAAAUAUAUUUUGAUUUGUUUAACACAUUUUUGGUUACUACAUGAUUCCAUAUGUGUUAUUUCAUAGUUUUGAUGUCUUCACUAUUAUUAUACAAUGUAGAAAAUAGUAAAAAAUAAAGAAAAACCCUUGAAUGAGUAGGUGUAUCCAAACUGUUGACUGGUAGUGUAAUUUAACAUAAUUUUCGAUAGAUCCCUAUCUGGGCCAGUCAAUAGCCUACACUUUGUUUGGAACCUGAAAUCUUAGCCACUUCCAUAGUUAUGCUAUCCUGAUUGAUAAUGAUAUUAUUCAUACUACAUUUCACAUUUUGUUAUCAGCAUACAUGCAGUGUUUCAAUGACAAGGUGUUGAUGAGUGUCCCAGGGGUGCUGGUGCGUCCCACCCUUGGGUAGUGUGUUAUUGUCUAGAGGUUAACAGCUUUUUAUAUAUAGCAGGUCCCCUGUUACCACGGGCCAGCAGGCUCUCUGCUGCUCACUGGUCUCCAAUGGGAAAAGGGUAGGAGCUGCGGCAUGUCAGCACUAGUAGCUAACACUCAUUAGCACCUUGGCUAAUUUAAGUGGGGAAAGUGUGUAACUCUUUACCCUCUGCCCUUGCACUCUAAACGCCCUCUGUCAUUUUCACACACAUUUUUUGUCACAGAUGUUUCUCUUUGUUUGUCCUAGUUCUUCUCGGGUGGUUUCUUAUUCCCUGCAAAGCUGGCCACUCAUCAUUCAGUCGCUCUCCAUUGCUUGGCCAUCGUUUUGUUUAGGCCUACUUCUUUUGAUUUUUUUGUGUCAUUAUAAUAUGUCUAAUUAUCUGAAUUCAGAUGUGUGAGGAGGGCUUGUCAGUUGUCAGUCAUAAUACAUGUUUCCCCAGGCCCAGGUUCUUUAAUAUCUAGAGCACUUAAUCCACUGGGGUGGCAGGCAGAUUUAGCUGCCUGGGAUAAUUGGAGCUCAUCCAAUGAGGCAGCGCUAUCUUGGUUCAGUGUCACAGCCCUCCAUUUUGCCCAAUUGGAUUAAUCGACUCGUUCAGAACCUGCUUCCAGUGCGUGGGUGUGGGUUGCAAGACUUAAAAUGCCUUCUCCCAGAGAUCUGGAAGGGAAGGCUGGAUGUACACAGCCUAGAGAGAUGAUGAUGAUGAUGACUGCUGCCUGUCUAUGGCUUCACCUCCUAUUUUCCUAUUUCAGCAGCAUCACAUUCCUCCUGCCCUGCUUACACACGCCUAACGUCCAUCUUUCAUGUCAUUUUUAUCCCGCCAGCAUGUGAGUUGUAAUAUAUAUUUUUCCUUCUCCCCCUCGUCCUUCUCUCCAUCUCUUCCUUCUCUCCCCAUCUUCCUUUCCCCCGCCCUCUUCCUUUCCCCCGCCCUCAGGCGGUGAUAGUUCCUCAACUACCACCGGCAGUGUGUCCCCGGUGCCCAACAGCUACGACUCCCUGGAAGGCGGCAGCUACCCAGGUACAUACUGUACUCAGCUCUUAAAAAUCCAGCGCUACAUUGAGGAGACAUUUGAAACAUUUGACACAAUUGAACGUUUCUUCUGCCACAUUUCUCUCCGCUCAACCACAUCCCCAAUUGCACUAAGUGGGCAGGCAGUUAUCCAUUGGUACAAUCAACCCUAAUGUUUCUCACUCUUUUUCUAGAGUCCUCCAUUCCUCCCUCAGCCGACAUUACCAAACAGGCCCCGCCCUUUGGCUAUGGCUACCCCAGCAUGCAGCCAGCCUAUCAGCAGAGGCCGUCCCCCAGGACAGACUCCUCUCCCUCCCACGGCGGGUACAACCAAACUGGCUACCAGCAUUUGUCACAGGUAAGUUGUUCUGGUACAACCCACCUGGUUGUGUAUGACUAAAAGAGAAGAUAUAUUCCUUAUUCUAAUAUGGUCCCUCAUGAAAUACAUGAAAAGGAGUUGGCCUACUAAGUCAAAAGGAGUUGGCCUACUAAGUCAAAAGGAGUUGGCCUACUAAGUCAAAAAGGAGUUGGCCUACUAAGUCAAAAAGGAGUUGGCCUACUAAGUCAAAAAGGAGUUGGCCUACUAAGUCAAAAAGGAGUUGGCCUACUAAGUAAAAAGGAGUUGGCCUACUAAGUCACUGCAUGUCAAUCCAUUUCUCUGGGGUCAUAUUAGUGUUGUGGACAUCGGUUCCUUUCUAUCAUGUUCAUCUCUUCCCCACACCUGACCCUUGUGGUAAUGAUCUACCGAUCUCUAGUGACUGUUUGACUAACUGCCUCCUGUUUGUCCAUGCAGCCCUUCCCUAACAUGUGCCAGCUGUCUGCGGCCCUGGGGGGGCUGAGCGGUGUGCCAGAGCUGGAGGUGGAGGCGCUGCGGCCCGUGAACCUGCUGCAGGAGAGGAACCUUCUACCCCACCGGCCCCUGGAUGCCCCUGAACCCAACCUCAACGCUGACCUCAAGAAGGCCAACUGCAGCCCGGAGUAAGGGGGAGGGGAAGUUUGAGGAUAAUCUGGUAUCUGAACACAACACUAACAGACAAUAUGCAGCAUAAACCGAAACACUAGGAAUGACAAGUGCGAUCCCAAGUUUAUUGAUAGACUCAAGCAAAACACAAAUUGGAAACCUUGUGGAUAUCAAACGUACUUCUGCUCUAUCUCCACACUGCAUUGUUCCUCCAUAGUCUCCUCUCACUCAAUGAAACAUAUUAGCUCAUGCCUGACAAAGCUGUGCUAAACGCUCUUCUCUCUCCCCUCCACAGCACGUUCAGGUGUACCCUGAACAACAUCCCCCAGACCCAGGCCCUGCUGAAUAAAGCCCGGCUGCCCCUGGGCCUGCUCCUGCACCCCUUCAGAGACCUCGCAGUAAGAAGACACCCAACCCUAAUACAACCUGGGCCCUGUCCACAAACAUCCCCUAGCCCCUAACUCAUAUGUACUGGUGUAGAUCUGAGAGGAUUGGAUAGGUGUAAGCAACUGACAUUUCAGGGAGGUACCAACUUAGAAGGGCAAUUGAAUUGAAACGCUACAUUGAACAUAGCACAAAUGUUUUGUUGUGGAAUUGAGUGAAUAUCCUAGAAUAAAACACUUCAGUGGUUAUUUAUAUUGACUGUGGUGUUCAGUGCCCCUAAAUAACACCCUGUUGACCUGAGUUCAGAAACAGAACAGCAGGAGGCAAGGCAGGAUGAGCUGGAGGGUGAGGAGGUGCAAAAAGCCAUGAUUUUAGGUUCAGUGAAAGUGUCAAGUGCAAGGUGCUAAAAGUACAAAAAGCAGACUGUUGAUAUAUGGGCUUUACAGAAAGGAGUCCACUCCUACAGAUGCAUAUUGCAGACGCAGGUUCGAUCAAAUGUAGAACACAUUUUCAUGAAUAACUUAUUGAGUAACAAACCACAAAUCAACGGUCAUCUUCAUCACAUAAUCUUUCUUUCUCUCUAUCCAUAGCAACUCCCAGUGAUCACAUCCAACACCAUAGUGAGAUGUCGCUCCUGUCGUACCUACAUUAACCCCUUUGUCUCCUUCCUGGACCAGAGGAGAUGGAAAUGCAACCUCUGCUUUAGGGUCAACGAUGGUACGGAUCCCUCUAUUAAAUAUGUGUACUUAGGGCAGCACUGUCCAAAUGAUAGAUGUUAAAUAGCAUCUGCUAAAUUACUUGAAUGUACAUAUUCUCCCCCUCACAGUUCCUGAUGAGUUCAUGUACAAUCCGGUGACCCGCUCCUAUGGAGAGCCCCACAAGAGGCCAGAGGUGCAGAACUCCACCGUGGAGUUCAUAGCCUCUUCAGAUUACAUGGUGAGUGAUUUUUAGAUCAGUGUUCAUUCAUCCAGAAACAGUUUGCCCUCAAUCCUCUAGAGGGCAGGUCUCCAUCAGAUACUGUGAUUUCCAAAAUCAGACUGUCAGUCUGCAGAUGUGAACUGGUUGAAUGUUUUGAGUAAAGUAUGUGUAUGGGUGUUGUCCCCAGCUGCGGCCCCCUCAGCCUGCAGUGUACCUGUUUGUGCUGGAUGUGUCUCACAACGCGGUGGAUGCAGGCUACCUGAACGUCUUCUGUCAGACCUUACUGGAAAACCUGGACAAGUGAGUAGCUUCGCUCCUGCAUUCUGCUUUAGUAGUUAAGUCCGUCACCAUUUAUACACAUGGUGAACAAUACGAUUUGGUCAAAUACGAUUUUAAUCGAACAGUUCAACAGGGAGCAAACCAUCUGAAGUGUAUAUACUUGAACUAUAAAGUAAAGAAAGAUGUAUCGGUUUUCUUUCUUGCCAGGAAAAAAUAAAAGAGAAACAUUAAAUACUUUAGCAGGACUGUCCUUCCUGUUUUUCCCAGGAAAUUAUCCUGUUCUUCGUCGUAACUAUUCAAAACUAGCUCUGACGAAGGUUCACUGCUGGUUCCAAUGUCUGGAAAAUCUCAGUCACGUCAACUUCAACUCCAUAAUCCCACUUUUUGAUGUGAAAAGAGUUCACCAGAACACACUCACACACAUCUGGUAUCUCUCAAACCAGAGAGGUAUUCUGCCAUUUCCUGACCUGUUCCGUUGUACAGUGCUAUUAUAUGCCGCGGCUAACUCUCCAGGGGGGACUGUUCUGUGUCUCAGGAUGCCCGGGGACACGCGCACCCGAGUGGGCUUCAUCACCUUCAACAGCACCAUCCAGUUCUACAACCUCCACGAGAGCCUCUCACAGCCCCAGAUGCUGGUAGUCUCCGACAUCGACGGUGUGUGUUCUUUCAGUCAGCUCCCCUCAUCCACCUUCAGGUCCACUACCUAAACAUCCCCAGCCUGGGUGCCAGUCGGUUUUUGUGCUCUAGCCAACAUGUCAUUGUCUUGCCAAACAGCUCUUGGCAAGGCAACGGCGUUGUUGACUGCGGACUGACUACACCCCCUUCUCCCUCAAACCGACAUGUCACUUAUUCACUAAUGGUAGAAAUAGUGUGUACUGUAGAGAUGUAAUGACUUAUCCUUCUGCUGGUGAAUAUUGGCAUUGCUCCAAGUGAAAUAUCCCAGGACAUUGAAUGUGAGCUGUGAUGAUACAGUAAAGGAUUCCGUCUUCGUUUUGUUUUUGUAGAUAUCUUCAUUCCAACCCACGACAGUCUACUGGUGAACCUGAAGGAAAGCAGAGCGGUAAAGGUUUUUAUUUGACUCAGAAUGUGUGGAACUAUUUGUGUUUACCAGUGUCAUCACAGGCUGGUUAUCUUGACUGGAGGGUGAGAGUCUUUGUGUGUUUUUGACCCUGUGUGGUUGCUUAAGUGUGAUAGUCCGUUUUCUUCUGAUGCUGGUGUGUGUGUGCACCUUUAGUCAUUUUGACUGCUCUCUCUUUCUCUCCCUCUGAUCUCUCUCUCUCUUUCUCUCCCUCUGAUCUCUCUCACCCCCCCCCCCCCCCCCCUCCUCCUCCCAGCUGGUGAGGGUCCUGUUGACCUCCCUACCCAGCAUGUUUAGCCAGACCAGGGAGACCCACAGUGCCCUGGGCCCAGCGCUGCAGGCUGCCUACAAGCUCAUGUCCUCCACGGGGGGCCGCGUCUCCGUGUUCCAGACCCAGCUACCCACGCUGGGCGCCGGCCUGCUGCAGUCCCGGGAGGACCCCAACCAGAGGUCCAGCAACAAGGUAUGAGUGCUGAGUCGCACACACACAUAUACACACUGUCAGACCAUAUGGUUCUGUAAUGUAAGGUUCAGUUGUCUUAAGAAGUGUGUUCUGCAUGUUAUGUUGUGACAGGGGGUCCAACACCUGGGCCCAGCCACAGACUUCUACAAGAAGCUGGCCCUGGACUGUUCUGGCCAGCAGAUAGGAGUGGACCUCUUCCUCCUCAGCUCCCAGUACUCUGACCUGGCCUCAAUAGGUAAGAUGUGAUCGUCCAUUCCUUAGAUGAUAUAAUAGACAGGUUACUGUUUAGGAAAAUUUUAAAAGUUGAGAAAGAUUGCUCCGGAGUGGCGCAGCGGUCUAAGGCACUGCAGUGCUUGAGGCGUCACUACAGAUCCGGGUUCGAUCCCGGGCUGUGUCGCAGCCAGCCGCGACAGGGAGACGCACAGGUGGCCCAGCGUCGUCCGGGUUAGAGGAGGGUUUGGCCGGCCGGGAUGUCCUUGUCCCAUCACGCUCUAGCGACUCCUGUGGCGGGCCGGGCUCAGGCACGCUGACACGGUCGCCAGUUGUACAGUGUUUCCUCUGACACAUUGGUGCGGCUGGCUUCCGGGUUAAGCGAGCAGUGUGUCAAGAAGCAGUGCGGCUUGGCAGGGUCGUGUUUCGGAAGGACGCAUGGCUCUCCGUACGGGAGUUACAGCGAUGGGACAAGACUGUAACUACCAAUUGGAUAUCACGAAAUUCGGGUAAAAAUAAAUACAAAUAAACAGUACAAAAGUUGAGAAAGAGACUGCCGUCUUAAAGAUAAUGGAUUUGGCAAAAUAGAAUAUAUCAGUCAUUAGAGUAAACCUAAGUCUAAAUACAGCAUCCUAUUUCUCUCUCCUCGGUCCAGCGUGUGUGUCUAAGUACUCAGCGGGUAGUAUCUUCUACUAUCCCUCGUUGCACCAUGUUCACAACCCGGCCCAGCUGGACAAGUUCCAGAAGGAUCUGGAGCGCUACCUCACCAGGAAGAUCGGUUUCGAGGCUGUCAUGAGGAUACGCUGCACCAAAGGUAGGGCUCAAAGGUUUUGGACAAGUGUGUAGUCUGCCUCCCUAGAUACUGGACUAGGGUCUAUUUUGUUCAUUUUGUCUUCAAAUGGUUAUGAUUUUGCAAGGGUAAGCUACUCCUAGAUAUUUCAUUUUGUAUUGUCAAAGUAAUUUUUUUUCUUUUUCUGAAAGGUGCUGUUGUCACUCACCAAACAGUAUACAUUUCAUGACAAUUUCUAGAUAUAUGUAACGGUUAUCAUUUCUAAGUAUGUCUGUCUCCUUGGUCGACAGGCUUGUCCAUCCACACGUUCCAUGGGAACUUCUUUGUGCGCUCGACGGACCUGCUGUCCCUGGCCAACGUCAACCCAGACUCGGGCUUCGCCGUGCAGAUGUCUAUAGAGGACAGCCUGGCCGACACCUCACUGGCCUGCUUCCAGGCUGCGCUGCUGUACACCUCCAGCAAAGGUACACACACACACACACACACACACAGUGUCAUCUCUUAAACACCAUCUCACCGUUUCAUUUAUUGUGGAAAUAUUUUCUUGAAAUGUAGAGAAGUCAUUCCACCUUUUACUUAAAUACAUAAUGAAUAAUUAGUCCUAGUUCUAGUACAAAGUUAUUUUAAUAUAAUCUAACAAAGAUGAAUGAAUCUACCCUCAUCUCUCAUUCUUUCUCUCCCCCUCCCUCCAUCCUCCUAGGGAAGAGGCGGAUCAGGGUUCAUACUCUGUGUCUUCCAGUGGUCAGCCAGCUGAGUGAUGUAUAUGCCGGGGCAGACGUUCAGGCCAUCACCUGCCUCCUAGCCAACAUGGGUGAGUGUAUAUAUACGUACACUGCAUUUGUUCAUGGGACCCGAUUUGAUUUAUUCAUAUAUUUCUAUUUGAAUUUCUAUGAACAGCCAUUGACCGGUCGAUAUCGUCAAGCCUGUCGGAUGCCCGGGAUGCCCUGGUGAAUGCGGUGGUGGACUCCCUGAGUGCGUACAAGAACACGGUCUCUAAUCUGCAGCAGUCUGGUCUCAUCGCCCCUGCCGCCCUGUGUCUCUUCCCCCUCUACGUGCUGGCACUACUCAAACAGGUCUGUCUGGGCGCUACACACACACAAACACAAACAAACACAUGGCCUGCAGACAGGACUGGACACAUUAACACAGCCUGGGUUUGUGUACAUAUACCCACCCCCCUACUCACACUUUCCUACCCAUAAACCCACACUGGGCCUUUACACAUACCAAUUUUUACAUUUACAUUUUAGUCAUUUAGCAGACAGUCUUAUCCACAGCGACUUACAGGAGCAAUUAGGGUUAAGUGCCUUGCUCAAGGGCACAUCGACAGCUUUUUCACUUAGUCGGCUCAGGGAUUCGAACCAGUGACCUUUCGGUUGCUGGCCCAACGCUUUUAACCGCUAGGCUACCUGCCGCACAGCCCCUUUAGCCAGAAUAGCUUUUGUAUGUACUGUAUGUCUCCUUCACUAGUUAAGUUAGAAGCGGUUCAAGCUGUCAAUGCUAUCCCUUCUCAUGAAUCUGUGCUCCUCCUCCUCUUCUCCUAUUCUUUCCCCUUCCUCCUCAUCUUCCUCUCCACCUAACAGAAAGCACUGCGCACAGGGACCAGCACGAAGCUAGACGAGCGCGUCUUCGCCAUGUGUGAGUUCAAGAGCCAGCCGCUGCAACAGAUCAUGCGCAUGGUCCACCCCGACCUCUACCGCCUGGACACAAUGUCAGACCAGGUGAGAGAUCACACAACGCUUUGAACAACUGAUCCAAGAUCAGCACUCCACUGACCUCAGGUGUGUUAUGAGCUAUAUAGCAAAUGAGUGAAAACAGUUGUUGGAUCAGUUCUUAAAUACAGUGAUUCCAUAGUGGUGGACCGAGACUGAUUUCUUAUGUAUUUGUAGCAUUAGACUGGUUCCAAGCUGGAAACAUUGGUUUUGUUUACCUGGUGGGUCACAAGGAUACUAAUACGAUACUGCUUUACCCUUUUCUGUCCACAGGGGGCACUCCACCUGAACGACUGCAUAGUGCCCCAGCCCCAUCUGCUCCACCUCACGGCUGAGAAGCUGACCAGAGAAGGCGCUUUCCUCAUGGACUGUGGCAGCGUAAGACCUGCUAUGCUCUGUCAAAUGACCAAAGUCCCUGAAAAACUAACCUUGUCUCUGUUUGAAGACUUUAGCAAUGCACUCCUUCAUCCGUUCCUCCACGAUAAUAACAGAUCUGACAAGGUUGGAUAGGUGAAGGCAAUAUUUGUAGUAACUCUGCGUUCACAUAUUCAGUCACGUAUACACUGAGUGUACAAAACAUUAGGAACACCUUCCCUAAUAUUGAGUUGUACCCCCUUUUGCCCUCAGAACAGCCUCAAUUCGUUGGGGCAUGGACUCUACAAGGUGUCGAAAAGCAUUCCACAGGGAUGCUGGCUCAUGUUGACUCCAAUGCUUCCCACAGUUGUCAAGUUGGCUGGAUGUCCUUUGGGUGGUGGACCAUUUUUGAUACACACGGGAAACUGUCGAGCAUGAAAAACCCAGCUGUGUUGCAGUUCUUGACACACUCAAACCUGUGCGCCUGGCACCUACUACAAUACCCUGUUCAAAGACACUUCAAUAUUUUGUCUUACCCAUUCACCCUCUGAAUGGCACACACACAAUUCAUGUCUCGAGGCUUAAAAAUAUAUUUUUUUACCUGUCUCUUCCCCUUCAUCUACACUAAUUUGAAGUGGAUUUAACAAGCGACAUCAAUAAAGAAUCAUAACUUUCACCUGGUCAGUCCAUGUCAUGGAAAGAGCAGCUGUUCAUAUAUAUAUAUAUAUAUAUAUUUUUUUUUUUUCUCUUUUAGGGUGUAGAUCAGCUUUAAUAUUGCAGAUAUAUUGUAACUUCCAUCAAUGUAAUUGUCUGCAUCACUUCCAUGUUCAUAAUGGUUUGCACACUCAGUGUAGAUCAGUGUUUACCUCAAGGAAGGGAAUGAUGGAAAGAAUCAUGUAUUUUAACAAGGACCCUUGUUACUGUCCCAUGUAGAAAUGUACACUACAUUGACUUCCUUUCUGUUCUCUUCUCCAGGUGUUUUACUUGUGGAUUGGGAAAUGCUGUAAUGAGAUGUUCAUUCGGGACGUGCUGGGCUGUCCAAACCAUGCUUCAAUACCACCUAACAUGGUUAGUCAGGCACAAACAUUCAUUAUACACAAUGUGACAUGUAUUGCUGUGUAUAACUCUAUGUUGUGUGUCCAGCUGGUGCUUCACAAUGAAAUAGUACUGUACUUAGUCAGUUCAGCUAGGGUGGCAUUCACUUUUAGUAGAUUUGUUUGUUUGGUUCUCUUUUUUGACGAAUGGCCAUGGCUACCUAAAUAAUGUCAUACCACACAACAUGGAUGUGUUACAACAACACAGGCCGAGUAGCAAUUGUCAAGGUUUUGUUUGUGUUUUUGAUUCCAUAUUUUGGGAAAAGACCAACACAUCCCUAAACCACAGGCAUGCUUCACAUUCCGAACCACACGUACAUAUUUCACUAAACCACACACACACCAGACGUGUGGAGAUCUGGCAUUGAAACCAACCACUAGUUCUCUUUAGUAAUUUUUUUUUACACACACACACAGUGUAGACAGUCUUGAGUAGUAAAAACAAUACUGUGGAUCUUUUUUUCUUUGUCUCUUAUGAAUACCAGACCCAAAUUCCUGAGCUGGAAACCCCUCUGUCUGAACGACUGCGCACACUCCUCGCCUGGCUGCAGGACUCGAGAACUUUCAGCUCAACACUUCACGUCGUGACGUAAGUCAAGUGCCCCUGGUCUGAUCCAUUGAUGCUUGUGUUUUUGGUGCAAAGUGAGUGCCUUGGUCCGUGUCAUGUAGGAAGCCGUCAGUUACCACAUACAGUGAGUGUACAAAACAUUAGGAACACAUUCCUAAUAUUGAGUUGCACCCCCCUCCCUUUUCAAACCGGUGUGCCUGGCACUUAAAUAUUUUGUCUUGCCCAUUCACUCUCUGAAUGGCACACAUACACACUCAUUCUUUAACCUGUCUCCUCCCCUUCAUCUACACUGAUUUGAAGUGGAUUUAACAAGUGACAUCAAUAAGGGAUCAAAGCUUUCACCUGGAUUCACCUGGUCAGUCUGUCAUGGAAAGAGCAGGUGUUCUUAAUGUUUUGUACACUCAGUGUAUGAUGUUUUUUAUUUUUAUUAACUUUAUUUAACUAGGCAAGUCAGUUAAGAACAAAUUCUUAUUUACAAUGACGGCCUACACCGGCCAAACCUGGAUGACGCUGGGCCAAUUGUGCGCCGUCCUAUGGGACUCCCAAUCACGGCCGGUUGUGAUACAGCCUGGAAUCGAACCAGGGGGUCUGUAGUGAUGCCUCAAGCACUGAGAUGCAGUGCCUUAGACCGCUGCGCCACUCGGGAGCCCCCCUGGUGGUAAGAAAGGCAUGUUCAACGGAAAACAUGCAGCCACUGUGAGGGUCAUUGAUGGAUGGCUACGAUUAAGGCCCACUAUAGUGAACGUUGUUUGGGUUUCAGUUCGUUCUACCGUCAUGCUUGUGCAUUGUUGGACUAUGACAUUAGGCUGCUGUGAGGAUCAGUUUGCUAUGAAUAUCUACGGGCCAUAGGACAAUUCUUCAUACCAAAUGGAAGUUUUACAAAUUCAAAGAGGCCUUUUAGAGUAUCAAAGUAAUUUCAAUAGACUGUAAAUGUAUUCAGACUAUAUGCGCUCAUUCUUAUUUCACAUGCUUAUUCAUUUCAUUACUUCUCCCUGUAGGGAUGAUGCUUCAGCUAAGACCAGCUUUUUCCAGCACUUGGUAGAGGACCGGUCGGAAUCAACCUUCUCCUACUACGAGUUCCUGCUCCACAUCCAGCAACAGAUGUCUAAGUAG